GGGCUGCAUUGCCACCCUCGAGCUGCACAAAGAAAAAUAAUUUACUCGCCAGCAGCGCAUUGGCGUUUUUUCAUUUUUUAAAGUGUACUUAAGAGUUGUUAAUAUUUUUCACAGUGCUCGGGCCCGACCACAACAAACAAUAAUAGCCGAAUAUAAGUGUGAGUGAAAAUGCAGCUAACUGCAAUCGGCGCAAAACAGAGUGGACCACAGCACCCAAAGCCCAAAUCGAAGAAGUCGAAAUCAGGCGAAGCCAUCAUUAGCGAGACAUUUGUAUUUGUCUGACCCCAGCGGUGUCUGAGAAUCUGAAUCGGAGAGAAGAGGAGAGAAAAGAGAACUCAAGGAAGCGCCACUCGACCGAACCGAUAUGGAGACUGAGUCGAUGGCUCCCAGCAGUAGUGCGGCGGCUGCAGCCACCAAACUCCUGGUAGAGAUCACCACAGAUGGGGUACCCAAGUUGCAUUGCCCGGUGUGCAACAAGGCGCUGGUCUCCCUGGCCGGAUAUGUAAAGCACGUAAAAAAGCAUCAGCCGCCGGGCGGCUUCGAGUGCCGCCACUGCGAUGCUCGUUUUUGCCACGAGGAAGAGCUCACCCAGCAUGCCAAGGAUGAGCACGGAAUCACCGGUCCGGCUGCUGGCCAGGAACGCAAACCCUUUGUUUGUGAAAAGUGUGGGGCAGAGUACAAGUACCAAGAGGCAUAUCGACGUCACAUCAGGACCAAGUGUGGCGAGGAAAAGCUACCCAGGGAGGAGUCCCGCCCAAUGGAGUGCAAAUGCUGCUACACCCGCUUUUCAAGCGGCUCUAAUCUAUCCAAGCACCGACGCAGUCGUCCAGACACAUGUGGCCAACCGGAGUACGAUUCGCCUGGAAAUUCAGGGCAAAAGAAGCGAAACUCUUUCCGCAAGAAAGGUAGAAAUAGGGACUCCGAUGAUGAUGAUGAUGAUGAUGAUGAUGAUUGAUUAACGACCACCGAAGAAUCGGACAGCGACGAUGACAUUCCUCUGGCCAGCCGGCUGAAGACGAAGCUCAAGCAGGAGAGCCAGAACUCGGAUUCGGGCGACGAGUGCCCCGACUUCGAACCCAAUAAUAGUGAGGACGAUGCUGAUGCAUCCGGAUUCCAGCUGCCUCCGCCGGCCAUGGUAAAGGUAGAGGCCUUCGACGAAGAGGAUUUUGAGUACCAGGACGCCAGCAUGUAUGUGAAGACCGAGAGCACUGAUAUCUUUAGCAACGAAAAGGAUAAGCUUCUGGAUGUGCUACUCAACGAGGGCGAUGGCCUAAAGCCCUUCGAGAGCUUGAAGGUGGAGCAGGGCGCUGGUAUCCUAGACGAGAUCGCGGCCGUGCCGCUGGUGGAGGUAGCCGAAGAAGAUGUCUUGGCACUAAGAGGCCACCACAAGGAGAAACCAAUAGGGGUUAGAAAACGAGGCCGACCGCCAAAGGAAAAAAUUCCGGUCGUCAAGAGGAAGUAUCGCAAGCGAAACGCACCAAGAUCGCCCUCGCCUGAAGACUCUUCGGGUACUCCAAAACGCGUAGCUAAGAUCAGCAAAAAGGAACUGAAGGAGCGCCUUAAGAUGAUCAACAAGAUGGAGAAAUCCUGGAAGUGUCCACACUGCGUCAAAAUCUACCACAUUCGCAAGCCCUAUGAGAAACAUUUGCGCGACGACCACAAGUUAAACGAGGCGGAAAUGAAAGAGAUAUUUAAAGAUGUUGAUGUGCAUGCUAAGCUGGACGAGGAGGUCUUUAAGUGUCCCAUAUGCAGCAAAAUUUAUCUGGUGGAGAAGCGCUUGGUCACCCACAUGAAGGUUCACGGCGAGGAUGGCAAGUUAACCUUUAAGUGUCCGUGCUACUGCAACCUGUUCUUCGCCACCAAGGAGCAGGCCACGGAGCACGCAAGAGCCCAGCACAAAGAACUGCUCUACUGUGAGAAGUGCGACAAGUACAUGACCGGCCAUGACAGUCUCAAGAACCACGAACGCAAUUUUCACUCAAAGAAGGAGCCGCGUAGCCAACAGCGGAACCUCAUCUGCGAUAAAUGCGGCAAGAAGUUCACCGGACGCACCUCGCUCUCAGACCAUGUGCGUUCCGACUGCGGCCGUCUCCCGCUCUAUGGCUGCAGUGUCUGCGGCAAGCAUUUGUCCACAGCUGGUAUUCUAAAAACCCACAUGCUACUUCACAAAGCAGACACCCCAUACCAGUGCGACAAAUGCGGUAAGACAUUCAAAGUGAAGGCACAGUACAAGUCGCACUUGAAAACGCGACACACUGACUACAAACCGUACAAGUGUCACCUCUGUCCCAAGGAAUAUCCGUACAGGGAAAGUCUGCUCACCCACAUGACCGUGCAUACGGGCAUAAAGCGUUUCCUGUGCAAUAACUGUGGUAAGCGCUUCACUUGCAUCUCGAACUUACAGGCCCAUCGUAAGGUGCACGCCGACACAUGUGGUCAAUUGCCUUUGAAUGCCAAGGCUACCCAGUACAUGGGCGUGCAGCGUGGAAAACUCUUGAUGGGAGCCAAGCCAGAGGCAGGCAUGGAGUACGAAGAGACCAAGACUCUGAUCGCUCAGGACGUCAUCGACAGGGACAUGCCCAUGGCACAGGAGCUGAACUUCCCAUCCGACGGCUCGGCGCCACUGGCUACAGUGCCCCUGAACUAUGCCUCCACGCACUUGGUGCCCCACAUCGUACUUCAGACCAUGCAAGCCGAGGCCCGGCGAUUGGAAUAACUUCGGAACACAUUCAUUUAGCGAUCCCACUUAAUAAAGAUGCUUUUGUAAACGGAUGCGUAUUCUACUGUACAACAAACGGGAUGAUAACUACAUAAUAUCUACUUAAUGACUGGAUUAAUUAAAUAACAUAAAAAUUAAAUAAGCUACAUAAAAUUGAUGUAGUAAAAGGUUUAAUGCCAUACGGACCUGUCAAAAACAUUAAAGAAAAAUAAAUUUUCCUUACAAAAA